AUGAAACGUCACCCUAGCUUGUCUAUCAGAAAACCAGAAAAAACAAGUUUAGCCAGAGCAACUUCUUUUAACAAAAAUAAUGUGAUGAUGUUUUUCGAUCUUUAUGAAAAGGCAUUAAGGAAAUUUCCAGUGUCAAGUGACCGUAUUUUCAAUGUAGAUGAAACUGGCGUUUCAACAGUACUUGAUCCACCAAAUGUCGUAGCUCAAAAAGGAACAAAACAAGUAGGGCAAUGUGUCUCAGCCGAACGGGGACCUAUGAUUAAUAUUGUAAUGACAGUCAGUGCAACUGGUCAAGUCGUUCCACCGGUUUUUAUAUUUCCUAGAGCUCGAUUAAGUGAUAAUUUAAUGAUGGGUGCUCCAAUAGGCAGUUUAGGUUUGGUAAAUUCACCUACUAGUGCUUGA